CUGGAAGAGUGAAGAGUGAUAGAAUCAGCACUCCCUAUGCCAUUCCACUGCAUCAUCGGAGCGGCAAUUUUCAGAAACAAGACCAAACCCAAGCUAAUGUGGAGGGAAAGCAAAAGCCUCCAGAGAGAAGAAUGGAGCGGGAGAGGCAGGAUGAGACCAUGGGGAAAUGGUACAAGAUCAUUAUUCCAUUUGGCAUCAAAUAUGAUGAGAAGUGGCUGCUGGAUCUGAUUCAGCGACAAUGCAGUGUCCCAUUCACCCCCAUCGAGUUUCACUAUGAGAGAAUGCAGGCCCAGUUCUUUGUUGAGGAUGCCAGCGUUGCCUUUGCACUGAAGGGUGUCAAUGGCAAGAUCUGGGAUGAGGCUAACGAAAGGAUCUCUAUCUUUAUCUACCCCUCUUGCACACCCCCCUCUUUGCAGAAGGAGCUGAAGUCAGAAAAGGUGGAGCAGACAAAG